UAUGCGGAAAGGGCAAAGAUGAUUAUCUCACCGGAGAUGCUGCCAAACCAAACAAGACGGAUGAAAAGUUCAAAGUCUGGAAUGCCGAAAAUAAUAUGGUCAUGUCAUGGCUCAUUAAUUCCAUGACAAAUGACAUUGGAGAAAACUUUCUUCUCUAUGGAACAGCAAAGGAGAUUUGGGAUGCUGCCAAGGAAAUAUAUUCUAACAAUGAGAAUACAUCGGAAUUAUUCGAGGUGGAAAGUGUUCUUCAUGACUUCCGCCAAGGAGAAUUAACAGUGACUCAAUACUUCAACACUCUCAAUCGGUAUUGGCAGUAGCUAGACUUAUUCGAGGAGCACAAUUGGAGCUGUCCGAAUGAUGGAAUCAGGUAUAGACAAAUAAUUGAACGGAAAAGAAUAUACAAAUUUUUGAUUGGAUUAAAUAAGAACCUUGAUGAAGUACGAGGAAGAAUUUUAGGAUCCAAACCACUACCAAAUAUCUGAGAAGCUUUUUCAGAAGUUCGGAGAGAGGAAAGUCGAAAGAAGAUCAUGAUGGAAUCUCAAGAUUCUAUGACAAAUCCUGAGAGUUCAGCACUUGUGGUGAGAGGGAAUCCAUCCAACAACAACAGCGAUCACAGACCAAAGAAAGGGCGACCAUGGUGUGAUCAUUGUCGACGUCCUGGUCACACCAAGGACAACUGCUGGAAGAUUCAUGGCAAACCAGCAGAUUGGAGGCCUUCCCGGUUUGCCAAUGACAAAGAAGGACGAGGCAACCUUGCUUCCAUGGAUGAACAACCUCCACCCGAACCAACUCCCUUCAGCAAGGAACAGAUAGAGAUCUUGCAGAAAAUGUUCAGCCAAUCCUUGCCUGCACCAGCUCCCACUGUAGUUGGUACCGGAUCCCUGGCACAAAAAGGUCUUGGACUCAGGGAAGACGAUUGGCAGUGCUAAGAUGUGUUCGGGGCUCUAUCUUCUAGAGGUUAAUGAUCCUCCUCAAG